AUGGCCGCACAAGACGAGGACGCGCCGUUCUUCGUCGAGGCGCUCUUUCCGUUUACCGGCACGGACGCCUCGUCGCUCUCGUUUCAGCGCGGAGACGUCAUUCACGUCCUUAACAGACUCCCAUCUGGAUGGUGGGACGGUGUCCUCGACGACGACCGCGGCUGGUUUCCGAGUAACUAUGUCCGCAUCAUCUCAGAGGCAGAGGCAGAGGAAAUCUACUCCAGACGAGAACUAGAACUUCAGCAGCAGCAAGAAUUGAGAAAUCAACAAGAACACCAGCGCCAGAUGGCCCACGCCCAGGCACAAGCCAGAGCCCACGAGCAACCGCAGCAGCAACGACAGCAAACGCACCAGAAUGUCGGUCAAUAUAGUCACCACUCGCAGAAUCAGUACUGGGACGAUAGAACGAGGCCAACGGGCGAAUACUGGGAGCCAGAGGUCACAGAGAAUGGCCAGAUUUACUAUGUCAAUUCGCUCACUGGCCAGCGUUCGCGCGAGAUCCCGAUGGAAGAAGAUGGCGAACCACACAAUCCACGAGAAUACACUCAAGCGCACGGCAAUCACUCUCACAUGAACACUAACCAACAUGCUGUCAACGGUGUGCCCAUAGGCUACGGUCGUGAACGGAGUGGCACGACAACGAGUCAAGCUUCGUCUUCGCGCAUCGACCCGAUUAGUGCGACAGCACAGCGCAUUGGGACAGAGAUUGGCAGCUACGCUUCCAGUAGUGCCGCCGGGUCCAAUGCGCAAGCGUUUGCUCCCCUUCAUCGAAGCGAGACUCCCGAGCCAUGGCAGCGACGGCUUACCCCUGAUGGUCAAGCGUAUUACUACGUCAACCCUAUCACUGAAGAAACCCGAUGGACUAGACCCGAACCGCCGCACGGAUACGCCCAAGGCGGACGCUCGGACCAAUACGGCUACCCGCAAGGAGCCGCCUCUACCUUGACGCAAUUCCCGCCAAGAAACCAGACCUCCAAUCAUCACGCUCGCGAACGAACAAAUUCUGAAGCGAGCUAUAGCGGGCGUGAGAGGGAUAAUCGUCGCACGAGCGUCUACUCGGACACAUCGGAAGUGAGUCCGCUCGGACCAGACGUUGUUCAUCAACUGCACCAUCUCAAAAAGGACGUACGGCCUUGGCCUACUCCUGGUGCACAAGCGACCGAUGGUACUGGCGGCAAACAAACCGACUCGACGAACCCAUUGCAAAUUGCGAUUACACUCCAAAGUCAGAUGGCGCCCCCACCACUCCCUCCGCUCACUGUCUAUUCUGAACGAGCGUGCGAAGCGAUCGGGGCAGUUGUCCAGGCCUAUGGGGAUCCUCUAAGCCUGACGAAUGGGGCAAAAUCAAAUGGACGAAAGGAUGGAGAAGCUGGGUUGGAAGGUGCAGAGGGUUCGGAUCCUUCAGCCCAGGCCGAAGGAGAGGAGCGAACAUCGCUGGAUCCGCUCUCCAUUCAGACCAUGGCCGACCGUGUGGCUCUUGUCGUCAUUGCGGUUCGAAAUCUCCUCUAUGUCUCCGGAACGCUCACUGGAUCCCUCCCGAACCUCGGUGGAAGUUUGAACAAUGGCAUCAACCCCCACGGUGCGGGCCUUAAUGGCGUGGGAGCAGGUCUCAACGAGGACGUUGAUUGGGUGCGACAAGAGAUUAAACCUUUUCAGCGCAAAGUUACAGCCACCCUCUCCAAGCUCGUCCUUUCUGCACGCGCCGUCAAUUCGAAUCCAGAUUGGCCACGAUUGGCUGCCGGGGGAGGACCGAGUGCCGCUGCGAGCCGAGUGGAGAACGACGCCAGCGAGCUCGAACGCGCAGUAACGACGUUUGUAUACCAAAUCUCCAAGUCGGCAGCGUCUUCGCGUGCAAAGAGGCUUCAUGGCGCGUUGAUGCCCGGUGAAGGAAGUGCCGGGAUAGGGCCUGGUUUGAUUGGUGCAGGAAUCGGAGGCGGGUGGAAGGGUGCAGGAUUCGUGCCCGUGCGUGACGGGAUGCUGCAUAACGGGCCUGAGAUUCGACUUGGACGCGAAGUCGUCAGCGAGCUGGCAUCGCUGAAGCGGUUGACAGAGGACAAGAUUAGCACUCUGCGCGUGUCAGUCGAGUCGUUUAAAGUCGCUGCACCGGCUGCUGCUACCCAAGGUCGCAACUAUGAUCCUCGGGCGGCGGAUGUGGUCAUUCUCAAUGGACGGUUGACGGUGGCGGCCAUCUCCGACUUCCUGAUGCAUGCAGAAGAGGUGCAUAUUGCGACGGGUGUAGAUGUGAUGGGGACAGCUGAAGAUGACGAUGCGUACCUUGCGAGCGUUAAGCGCGCGCGAGAGCUCAUUCGAAUGUUUGAGACGGCCAAGCAGGCGCUCUACGACGAUGGAUCUGUGCUUCUCAUGGCCAGUCAAGCGAUGCAUGUCAGUAGUCUUGGAACGACAACGUCUGUGACCAAGGCAAGCGGUCCGGCGGAUGUGUUGCUUCAGACGGCCAUUCCGGCGCUGCAGGCGAAUUUGGGAUGUAUCAUGGAGGCUUUGGAGUUGCUGUUGGACAUUGCGCGCGAGCAAGAUGAGGCGCAAGCACAGCGGAUGCCGCAAAUCGGACCAGAUGGGAUGCCACCACCGACAGACUAUCCACAUGAUCGACAGCACUAUCGCGACGAACUUCGGAGACGACAAGCCGAGUUUAUGCAUCCGAGCGAGUUGUACGAUCCCCUCGAGGAUGUGUAUGAUCGUGGUCCGGGAGCCGGGUUGGGGGACAACGAUGAAGUCGACUUGGAUUAUGUGUUGCAGCCAAAUAAUCAGAGGACGGCAAUUCGACUUCCCUAUGGUGCGGCUCCAGAAGCGGAGCAUCGGAUUUCAGAGGUCCCCUCGGAGGCGACGACGCUCAGGGCAGAAGCAGCAGCGCCGCAGGCGGAGCCGGUCAAGAAGGAGGACCCUGGUGCGGAUUCGGAUGAUUCGCAGAAUCCAACCCAAGCGAAGCGCAAGAACAAGGCAAAGGAUUUGAAGGGCUACUUUGGCGAGCUUCCGCCAGAGGCAAAGCCUGGUUACCUUCAAUUGGAUCAUACAGGUCCAUCGGAGAUCAUUAUGAAUCCAGAUGGGACUGUCAAGGCUGGGACGCUCCCGGCUCUUGUCGAACGGCUCACUAUGCACACUAGCCCAGAUGCGAGGUUCAACAAUACGUUCAUGAUGACGUUUAAGAGUUUCGCUACGAUUGAUAAAGUGUUUGACAUGCUGGUCGAACGCUACAAUAUCCAGCCACCAGAGGGUCUCUCACAAGCCGAGCUUGAAGAGUGGACGACAGAGAAGAAGACGCCAAUCAAGCUUCGCGUGAUCAACACGAUGCGGAAGUUGAUCGACGUGUUGGAAAAAGAAGAUUUGCGCAUUCUCGAUCGUGUCAAGGCGUUUGCGUCGGAUAUCAUCACCUCUGAACCGGAGCGUGCUCCUGUCGCAAAGACGCUUUUAGGCAUCGUCCAGCGAGUGGAGAGGAAUGGCAUCGAGUCGAAGAGGACGAUGCAUACAACCACGUCGGAUUUCCCGCCACCGUCCAUUCUGCCCCGCAAGGGAGGCAACAAGAUCAAGUUGCUGGACAUUGAUCCGCUCGAGCUCGCGCGUCAACUUACAAUUCUGGAGAGUGAGCUCUUUUUCAAGAUUAAGCAGAGUGAGUGUAUUGCACGUGCAAAAGACUCUACUCCUGCCGGCCCGGAUAAUAUCAAGAAUGUGAUUACGUUGGCGAAUCAGAUGGCGCAUUGGGUUGCAGAUGCCGUCCUUAGCAAAGAGGAUCCCAGAAGACGAGCAGCGGUUAUCAAGCAUUUCAUCAACGUCGCAGAGCGAUGCCGACAUUUGAGCAACUACUCCAGUAUGGCUGCUCUGCUCGCAGGUCUCAACUGCCCGCCCAUCCGAAGACUGAAGCGCACUUGGGAGCAAGUAAAUGUUCGCGUCACGGGCGUACUCGAUGAUCUCGAGGCGACGCUCGAUACGGCCCACAAUUUCCAGGGCUACAAAGCAAUCAUCUCACGACGACAGCCGCCCUGCGUGCCAUUUUUGGGUGUCUACCUGACCGUCUUGACAUUUAUCCAAGACGGUGCCAGGGAUACCUUGAACGAGGGCGGGCUGAUCAACUUUCAGAAGCGCCAAAAGACGGCCGACGUCAUCCAAGAGAUUACAAAGUUCCAGAUGUUGCCGUACAAUCUCACCAAGCUCGCGACGAUUCGCCAGUUUAUCGACGAGAGCCUCGCUGCGUUACCCGAGGACCCAGACUUUUGGCAGCUCAGUCUCGAGAGGGAACCGAGGGAGCGCGAGGAUGAAAAGAUGGCACGGUUGCUGCAAGAGAGUGGUUUCUUGUAA